GGCCCGCGCGCGCCCACCGGCUCCCGGCUCGCGCGGCUCGCGGAGCGGGAUCCCGGGAGACGAGGAGGCGGGGGCGAGCACAAGAUGGCGGACCUCUCGCUGCUCCAGGAGGACCUGCCGGAGGACGCGGACGGACUUGGUGUGGAUGACUACAGCUCAGAGUCUGAUGUGAUUAUUAUACCUUCAGCCCUGGACUUCGUCUCACAAGAUGAAAUGUUGACACCGCUGGGCAGGCUGGACAAGUAUGCUGCAAGUGAGAACGUAUUUAACAGACAAAUGGUGGCCAGGAGUUUGCUGGAUACUCUGAGGGAAGUCUGCGAUGAUGAAAGAGAUUGUAUUGCUGUUUUGGAAAGAAUUAGCAGAUUAGCUGAUGACUCAGAGCCGACUGUGAGAGCAGAGCUGAUGGAACAAGUGCCGCAUAUUGCACUGUUUUGUCAGGAGAACCGGCCUUCGAUUCCAUAUGCUUUUUCCAAAUACUUACUGCCAAUUGUGGUCAGGUACCUUGCGGAUCAGAAUAAUCAGGUGAGGAAAACCAGUCAGGCAGCUUUGCUGGCUCUGCUGGAGCAGGAGCUGAUUGAGCGGUGUGAUGUGGAGACGAAGGUGUGCCCUGUCCUCAUAGAGCUCACGGCCCCCGACAGCAAUGACGACGUGAAGACGGAGGCUGUGGCUAUUAUGUGCAAGAUGGCUCCCAUGGUUGGCAAGGACAUCACAGAGCGGCUCAUCCUCCCCAGGUUUUGUGAGAUGUGCUGUGACUGUAGAAUGUUUCAUGUCCGAAAGGUCUGUGCUGCCAAUUUUGGAGAUAUUUGCAGUGUGGUUGGCCAACAAGCUACAGAGGAAAUGUUGCUGCCCCGGUUUUUCCAGCUGUGCUCUGAUAAUGUGUGGGGGGUCCGAAAGGCCUGUGCUGAGUGCUUCAUGGCUGUUUCCUGUGCUACGUGUCAAGAAAUCCGACGGACAAAGUUAUCAGCGCUGUUCAUUAACCUCAUCAGUGAUCCUUCACGUUGGGUCCGGCAGGCCGCGUUCCAGUCUCUGGGGCCUUUCAUAUCUACUUUUGCUAAUCCAUCUAGCUCAGGCCAGUAUUUUAAAGAUGAAAGCAAAAGUUCAGAAGAUUUAUCAGCAGAAGACAAAGACAGGAUCAAAGAUCACGAUGUCGUAGAAGAGGAGCACAUCAGGCCAGAGGCUGCGUCCUCAGACAGCAGUGCCAGACUGGAGCGCACACGUGCUGAUGGUGCUGCCGAGACACCUGGGGACUCUGCAGGUGACACGAGUGCUCCAGUGGACAGCUCCUCACUCUGCACUUUGUCCUCAGAGUCUCCUCAGGAAGCAGCUAGCGAUGAGGACGAUGAAGAGCGUGCCGACAGCAAGUCUGCAUCCCAGCCAGAAGUCGGCAGCAGCUUUGCAGACUCCACUCUGUUAGAGCAGGAUUUGUUCAACUCCUUCUAUUUCUGGAGGACUCCUCUACCUGAGAUAGACCUUGAUAGGGAACUGCAGCAGGACUCUGCGGAGAGACUUGGCUCAGAGAGAGCAGGAGCUGGACCUGGAGUCCCUGAACCAGGCCCUCCUAAUGUCACCAUGGCUACCCGGAAGGAACUAGAAGAAAUGAUAGAGAACCUAGAGCCGCACGUGGACGACCCAGAUGUUAGAGCACAGGUGGAAGUGCUCUCGGCUGCACUGCGCGCUUCCAGCCUGGACACUCAUGAGGAGGCCGGAGGUGGAGAGCAGCGGCGUGAGCUACAGGAUGAGCCGGGUGAAAACGAGCUUCCAGACUGUAACCUCAGUCCAGACACUUCCAUGCCUUCCAUCAGCGCUGCCGAGGAGAAUAUGGACGCCACUCCUCACUACGUCCAUGGAGGUGCAGAUGUGACUGCCAGUGGUGGCUUCAGCCCCGAUGAGGAGAGGAGACCCAAAGUACAAGAUGUUGUGCCACAGGCAUUAUUAGAUCAGUACUUGUCAAUGACGGACCCGUCCCGAGCACAGACGGUCGACACAGAGAUCGCUAAGCACUGUGCAUACAGUCUGCCGGGCGUGGCCCUGACUCUCGGCAGGCAGAACUGGCACUGCUUGAGAGAGACUUACGAGACCCUGGCAUCAGACAUGCAGUGGAAAGUUCGAAGAACUCUAGCAUUCUCCAUCCACGAGCUUGCGGUUAUUCUUGGAGAUCAGUUGACAGCUGCAGAUCUGGUUCCGAUUUUUAAUGGAUUUUUAAAAGACCUCGAUGAAGUUAGGAUAGGUGUCCUUAAACACUUGCAUGACUUUCUGAAGCUCCUUCCCACUGAUAAAAGACGAGAGUACCUCUAUCAACUCCAGGAGUUUUUGGUGACAGAUAACAGUAGAAAUUGGCGCUUUCGAGCUGAAUUGGCAGAACAGCUGAUUUUACUUCUAGAAUUAUAUAGUCCCAGAGAUGUUUACGAUUACUUACGCCCCAUUGCUCUGAACCUGUGUGCGGACAAAGUUUCUUCUGUCCGCUGGAUUUCCUACAAGUUGGUCAGUGAAAUGGUGAAAAAACUCCACACGGCAACACCACCAACAUUUGGAGUCGACCUCAUCAACGAGCUGGUAGAGAAUUUUGGCAGGUGUCCGAAAUGGUCUGGUCGGCAAGCCUUUGUCUUCGUCUGCCAGACUGUCAUUGAAGAUGACUGCCUCCCCAUGGACCAGUUUGCUGUGCACCUGAUGCCACAUCUGCUGACCUUGGCAAACGACAGAGUUCCAAAUGUUAGAGUGCUGCUUGCAAAAACACUGCGACAGACUCUGCUAGAGAAAGAGUACUUCUUAGCGUCUGCCAGCUGUCACCAGGAGGCCGUGGAGCAGACCAUCAUGGCCCUUCAGAUGGACCGAGACAGUGAUGUCAAGUACUUCGCAAGCACCCACCCUUCCAGUACCAAAAUCUCUGAAGAUGCAAUGAGCACAGCUUCGUCAACCUACUGAACCCUCACCAGGGUGUCCUUCCUGCUUCCCCAGGAGCCGAGGCUUCACGGCCUGCACCAGCUGGGACGGCGGUGGGGCCGUCCUCACCAACUCACGUGCAGGUGGAAGUUGCCUAUUCCCAAUACCAGUGGUUUUUAAGAGUCAAGAGAAAGUACAGUAAACGCUAUUAUCUUAUCUUGACUUAAGGGAAAGUAAAUUCUCAGAGGAUUAUAAUUGUCACCAAAGCCUUAACUCGUUACUUCAUCUUCCUGACUUGAAUUGGCAGAGCAUUUUCCCUUCGGGAAGGAUGAGGUUCCCAGAGACCUGCAUUGCUUUCUCCUGGUUUUAUUUAACGGCUGAUAAAUGACAUUCUUAUGGCCAGAAGGCGGAUGUGCACCGGACUGGAAAGGCCUUCAGUAUUAGCCUAAACAUUUCUUCCAGGUGCGGAGCCUGUUCAGCUCCUUGGCUGCCCUGCCCAGCCCAGCCCUAAGUGUGAAUAGUUCUUGGCAUAUAUAAAUGACAAAGGAGAUUUUUUUUUCUUCUUCUCCUAAGGGCUUGAUGUUAACACUAAAUAGAAUCUGGUUUUGACUCUUAAUGCAGCACAUUGCUGUACACAUUUACAGAACGUUUGCAGAAUCUCUCUUAUUUUUUUUUCAUGCUGGUCAUGACCUGAAGGAAAAUUCUUAGCACGAACAUUGUGUCAGGUGUUUUGAACUUGAUCAUGGUCAGCUCUGAGGUGCAACGCUCUCGUCCCAUGCUGCACACACCUGUGACCACUCUGGGGCUUGUAGCCUUAAUCAUGCUGUUAGAACUGUUGUGGUACAAGUUCCAAAUAAAAGUUAUUAAUAGGAUCUAUAAAGAGAGAUACCACCCACUUUGUUUUCUAAAUCUCUACAAAUAAAUGCAAUAUGUGACCUGUAUUAUUUAGCGUAAGAUGGGGGAAAGAUUAAAAUAUUUGUCUUUAAGUAGCUCAGUAG